ACACAAACGAUCGGAUGUGGAGUAAUGUCUGGAACGACAGUCUGUCAAAGGAAUGGCAAUUCAACACAACUGUAGCUCUAAUUGAAUGGAUCGAUGACUUGGAAAGGGAUCGCAUGCCUAGUCUUAUACUCAAUUCGCUCAUCACUAACACAACACUGCAUUCAAGGGACUGGCGUCUGAAGAAUGUGACAUCAGCUGAAUUGGUGGAACUGAUGCAAUGGAGUGAUCUCUUGCUAUUUGAUUACCUAACGGGUAAUUAUGAUCGGGUGGCCAGUAUGCAAGACGCGGCCCUCAAACAAAAUAACACCACUAUUUUGAAGGAAACAAUCCAUAACUUAGUGAAGUCGACUAAAACCAACUCCAUUUGGAUGAUCGACAACGAGAGCGGUUUUCUCGACGCCUAUUGGCUUAUGUAUAGCCAGAAGAAUGGA